AUGGACACUGAACUUGACAUGGGCAAAUACGCCGCAAAAAAGUCUAAGAAACCUCGUGCCGCAGGCUCUCAAACUUCGGGCUGGACAUCCACAGCAGGGACCAGCAAUAUCCCAGCAUCACUAAUAUCCGACAUGAACAAUCUGAAUAUCGCCAGAGGACGUCUAGAGCGCUACGCUGCGGAGGCAGGUGACGAACGCUAUCAGAGCGUAAGUUCCGGCGACAGAUUAGAGACUAAUACAAAACACUUACGGGAAAAGGCUAUAACCGCAGCGCUCGACAACAUUAAACGUUCGAUGAAGGUAGAUCUUUGCUUCGUUUUGGACUGCACUGGCUCUAUGUCAAGUCACAUUGCCGCUGCAAAAGAUUGUAUAUUACAGGUAGUGGACUACAUGGAACGUACGAACCCUAGCAUUAAAAUUUGGGUUGGUUUCUGCGGCUACCGCGACCACUGCGACGGCGUUAAACGUCUGCAGACCUUUAAUUUCACUGAUUCAUACGAGACAUUCAGAAGUUACGUUAGGAAUGUACGAGCCACGGGUGGUGGUGAUUCACCGGAAGACGUCCUAGGUGGACUUAACGCUGCCAUAAAAAAAAUGAACUGGAGCCAUACCACUCGCGUCAUUCUCCACGUCGGUGAUGCCCCACCGCAUGGUCAUCGUUUCACUGAUGAACUUGAUGAUUAUCCGAAAGGCGAUCCGUAUGGUCUAACUGCAGAAAGUGUUCUUGGAGAGAUGAAAUCAUCGAAUAUAUUAUACUUUUUCGGAAAGAUCACACAAUUGUUUGAUCUUGAGGAUGUGGGAGGAAAUCCGACUGCAUUAAUUGCAAAAUUUUUCCAGGCUACUUGCUCGGCCAUCUCGUCUUCUGUUUCAUUAACCAGUACGUUGGGAAACAAUAUAUAUGAACUACGGCGAAAGGAUUAUGUUAUCAACCCGAUCGAACCUAUUUGGCAUAAUAUCAGACAGCAGGCUGGUACGGUUGCAUGGUAUAAAGUCCCCAAAACUCUGGCUAACAUCAAUAACAAGGGAUACUUCAAUCAAUUGAAUACUGUUACUCAACAAAUCUCCUUCAAGAUCGCCCCACAGCCAUUCUCCGUCGGUACCGAAAGAUACGCAUAUUUUGGUCUUGACAUCAAGGGUGUACCAGCUGAAAGGAUAGUUAUAAAAGAAUACAUUGACACUGGUAAAAAAGCAAACUCGAUUGAAAGGUACCUCGAGGCGGUAGAAGUCUCGAACAUAGCGCAUUUCCUUUCCAUAAAAUUCAAUUUAGCCGCCACGCGGGCCGGUAUUCACAAGAAGAUUAAAUUUCUCCACGUAAAGUUUCUGCGUAUUACAAACGGGACUCGGUAUUACAAUGUAGAACCGAAAAUAAACAAUACGGAAUUUAAGCGGUUCAACGCGAACAGUGGCGUAAUUACUGAAUUCCAUUCCACCCUUGAAGCGUUUGCCCAUUUCACGUAUGAUUUCACCGGUGGAUAUUUAUUGGUAUGUGAUCUACAAGGAGCGGAAUUCUCCGAUCAUUUUUUAUUAACGGAUCCAGCGAUACAUUGUACCGAUUCCUUAAGGUUCGGAAGGACAAAUCUUGGGAAGAGGGGAAUCGAGAAAUGUUUCUUGAAUAAUCAUACGUGUGGUAGUGUUUGUAAUAAGUUAGGAUUGAAAUCACCUUAA